CAAUCUCAUCAGCAACUCGGAAACUCCGUACGCACUCGGCACACCAAUCAUCCUCCAAUACAUUCGACAAUUACAUCUUCGAAGCACCUCGAAAACCCGCAAACAUGCCCCGCGCCCAUGCCCCGAGAACCAGGACGAAAGCGGUGUGGUUCUGUCACAAAUGCGGUACCGGGCCGAACAACUACAGCCUUGACGAGUACUGCCCGUACUGCCAGAAGAGAAGAUGCCAUCAGUGCACAGUCCAGGAGAUUCAAGUGCGCGUCGACCACUAGACUGCCGCACAUUCAUUGGCGGCCACCAAGCCAGUCCCGGCUCGCUAUUAACCAAAAACCAUCGAAUCAACCAAGUCCACAAGAACGAUAACAGGAAGGAGAAUAGAUGAGAAAGAGGAGGACUAGACUCCCACUGAGUGCCUCACAACCCAUCGCCGCAUCCAUAACCCAAUCAUUACAAGAAGCAACAAGAGAUACCCCCCUCCCUAUAUCACUGGAAUCUGUCGCGCGUCAUACAUCGUAGAGUUAGAAAACACCUAUAGAUAGGAGCCCUCCCAAUUAGAACAAAUUACGACCCCCC